AUGUCCUCCAACUCGGCAGCUUCCGCCAGCUCACCAUCCUCGGCUGGGGAAGGGAUUACAGGAGGCUAUGAAGGAAAGAGCCUUGCCUUGAAGGUUAUGAUCGCUUUUUUUCUCGGCCUUGCCAUGUACAACGUCGUCGAACUUCAGAUUCUGAUUUUUGGUACCUUCAAUAAGUUUCGAGGCCUAUACUUCUGGAGCUUGGUAAUUUCCAGCUUGGGGAUUAUUCCCUACGCGAUUGGAUUUAUCCUCAAAUAUUUCUCUGUCCUGACAGGAGGUGGAAAAUGGUUCUCGGUCUUCCUUCUCUCCAUCGGAUGGUACCCUAUGGUCACAGGCCAAGCAAUUGUUCUCUGGUCCCGUUUGCACCUCAUCGUCACGGGAGAGAAGGGGGACCGAAUCCUCAAAUGGACGAAAUGGAUGAUCAUUAUUGAUGCCAUUGUCUUGCACAUUCCUACGACCGUGCUCACUGUGGGAUCCAAUAGUGAUAUCAAUACCGACACCUUUGUGCGCGGGUACAACGUGAUGGAAAAGGUACAGAUGUGUGGCUUCUUUUUGCAAGAAGUCAUCUUGUCUUCCAUUUACAUUGUUGAGACGGUUCGAAUACUUCGUUCCUCGGCUCAGGAGAACACCAAACGCCUAAUGUAUCAACUCAUGGCCAUCAAUGUUCUGAUCAUCAUCAUGGAUCUUGGACUCUUGGGAUUGGAGUGCGCGUCGCUUUACAUCCUGGAAACAACCACGAAGCCGGUCUUUUAUUCAAUCAAACUCAAACUGGAGUUUGCUAUCCUGGGCAAAUUGGUCCAAUUUGUCGGUGGUCGCCAACAAAGUGGUCGUCAGCAAUCAAUCCCUUUUUCGGAUGGAGAGAAACAAAACUCGUCAGGUCUCGACCGCGCCGACCAAUACGACAUCUCAGAUUUUGUCGACUUGACGAAAGUCAGGACAGAUGUCACUCGGACUUCCCAACUGUACAGCAAGAGUAUUUCAAAAAGGGCCGACGGUCAGGAUCUCAGCCUCGACUAUGAAAUUGCUCGACUGGAGCACGUGGAAACCCUUCCCUCCCAGGCCAGGGUGCCCAAUGGAGAUACUGCUCCACCCAGGCAACGGAAACUUGAUUCAUUGCAGUGGAAUUUUGAAGAUAUCUGA